CUGUUUCUCUACCAUCAAUGUUACAGAAGAACCGAAAAAUGAUGAGAUCACGUGGCGAUUUGGAAAUAAUAAAACUCUCAUAGCUAAACUCUUCAGAAAGAAUAAUACGAGCAUAUUCUAUAAUGAUACUGCUGACGGGAGAUUCAAAGGGCGACUGAAGAUGGACAAUCAGACUGGUUCUCUGACCAUCACAAACAGCAGAAGCACAGACUCUGGACUUUAUAAUCUGACCAACGUACACGACAACUCACUCUUCACAUUCAACUUUACUGUCUAUGCUCUUCUACCUGUUCCUGACAUCAAGUAUUCUCAAUGUUCUUCAUCCUCAUCUUCAUCAAUGCAGAAUUGUUCAGUGCUGUGUUCAGUGAAUGUGAGCGCUGUGAGUCUCUCCUGGUACAAAGGAAACAGUUCAUUGUCCAGCAUCAGUGUGUCUGAUCUCAACAGCAGUCGCUCUCUACCUCUGGAGGUGGAAUAUCAGGAUAACAACACCUACAGCUGUGUGAUCAACAACACCAUCAGCAACCAGACCACACAACUGGACAUCAACACACUCUGUCAGAAGUGUAAAGAUUCUACAGGCCCAGUACAUCUAAAUCUAAUAGUGCCGCUCUCUGCUGCUGCUGGAUGCUUGAUUCUAGCUCUGCUCGUGUUCUUAUGCAUCUGCAUGAAGCACAAAAACACAGACCAAAAAGGCAAGUGUUACCAAAUGCUGACACUGUUCAUGUUCAUGUUAUUAACAUUGCAGAAGUGUGAAAGAUGUCUGUUUCAACAGUUGAGACUCGUGCAGAAGAGAUCACAUAUGCUGAUCCCACAUUCUACAAAAGAAAAGCACCGAAAUCGGGUGUUCAAGAGGAGCCUGAUGUCGUGUAUGCAGGAGUCGCUGUGAGACCUUGAUCAAACUUUUGACCAAACCUGUGAUUCAUUUUAGGGGCUGCAAUUUCUAGAUCACAGCCUACCUAAAACAGGAAUUACUAUAUCAAUGUGGUUGUUUUUGUCAAUAUAUGUAUUUUUAAAUAUCUUAACACAUUUUACCUUGUGAGCGUUUGGAGUGUAAAUACAGUGUGACUGAAUGUAUUUCCAGCUACAUCUGGAUGUGUCUAAAAGUAUGAAGUCAGAAGAGUCUCAAUAAUAAUGUAUUACAUUUCAAGAGUUCACACUUAGCUAAUGAUUGAUAAUAAAGCUAGUUUGGCGCGCUGUCCCGGGAGAGAGCCCUGAACUUAUAAGAUCCUCAAGCCCUGGGCUCCCUCCCGUUGCAAGGCGAGAGGGGAGUUUGAGCUCAGGUAAAUCUCGAUGACUCUCCUUCUUGCUUGUUGUAGCUAAAUGUCAGAUAUGGAUGGUGAAAAGUAUACUCAGAGUUUAGCUAAAGUAUUUGGAUUAAUUGUUUAGAGUGCUUGUUUUUGAACCGUGGGAGGAAACCGGAGGACCCGGGGA